AUCGUCAUUUACCGAAAAAAGCCAGGCAGCAAUAGUGAUUUUUUCAUGGUAAAUGAUUUUCUCUUUUCAAAAUUUCUUACGAAAAUCUUCACUCUUCGUUUUCGAUCACUUUGGUUGUUUCCCGAACAGAGACCAGUGUGUUGAUCAAGUAAAAAUCAAUAUUCAAUCUUCAAUGUUGUUCAAUUGUGUUUCAAACAAUUUCUUUCUCUAUGUGUCAAGAAUCAAAUCUCAAGUUGUUUGAUGUCUUUAUCAACAUUUUUGUGAAUUAAAUUCGUUCAGUUCAACAAUAAUGUAACGAAUUUCUCAAUACAAAAAAAACAAAUCUGAUUGAAUUGAAAGCCACAAAAACACAAAACAGUAUACAGUAUUCAUCAAAAUGUUGUUAUCACCGGUUAAUCAUGGAUUUCUAUUUAAAUCUUUUUCUAUCAAAUUUUUAUUGCUCAUUAUUAUCAAUUUAACAACAUCGUUAAUGAUGAUUAAACCUAUCGAUGCAAUUGUUUGUGAAAAAGCACGAAUUGAUUGUUCAUUAAGAAAUGGUUGUGGAUUUGCAUUACAGAAUUAUAUGAUGGAAUGUACCGAUCUGAUUGCUGGUCGAACACAAACAUGUGAUCCACGUUGUGAACGUGCAUUAAUCGGCUUGAUAUCAACGGAUGAAGGAAAAGAACUGAUGAAUUGUGAUUGUGAUGGCAAUCCAUAUUGCGAAAUGUCAAAAUCACGUCUAGAAAUUUGUCGAAAAUCCGUAUGGUCAGCCAUUAGACAGGAUACAAUUGUAUCCUGUUCGACAGCACGUUGGAUUUGUAUCAGUGAUCAGCCAUGCCGUACAGCAUUGGAAUAUUAUGAAUUGAAUUGUCAUCAAUUAUUUCAAGGAUAUAAAUGUGCAUACCGUUGUAAUAAUAGUCUUUCCAUUUUGGAUCGUCAAGAAAAAGCAAUGAAAUUACGUACAUGUUAUUGUGAUGGCAGCGAGAAUUUUCCAUGUCGACGUGUCAAAUAUUUCACUGAACGUCUCUGUUAUGGUCGCCAACACAAUCAUCACAGUCAUCAUCAGCAUUCAUCAAUGAUUCCGAUCGAUUUGGAUGAUGAUAAUCACAAUAAAAUUGAAUCAAUUAACCAUCAUAAAAUCAUUGAUAAUCAGAAGAACAAUAACGGUGGCUCGAAUCAUCGUAAUUAUCAUCGUUAUCGAAUUGAUUCAAUCUUGGAUCGAAUACGUGGUGCUGUUGCUAUCGAAUCAAAUCGAUCAUCGAAACCUCGACAAACUUUGAUUCUAUUACCAUUAUUGAUGAUGAUAAUGAUCACAAUCGCCAAUUUAUUUAUAAUCAGAUAAUUAUCACACAAAUCUUGGACCAUUGUAAAUACACCAACAACACUAUCACAGAUCCUUUUUUAUUUAUUCCACAAAAAACUAUUAUUUUUAAUUGUAAAUAAAUCCAAUAAAAAUGAAUAAUAAAA